GUUUUGACAGGACAGGUCGGAAAGGGAUAACGGGUUGGGAGCGAAAGGGCUGCGAAGCUGGGGUGCUGAGUGCCCAGCAGCGGGGGGUCCGUCUGCAUUCCUUCUGCUUGUGUGCCCAGCCCCGCGCGCCCCGCUCUCUGGCAGCCCGCUGAGACAACCGCCGACGGUCAACGGCUCCCUGAGACAACCACCGCCCCAGCUAGCCCCUUCACCUGCGGGUGCCGCUCCCCCAAAGAGCCUCGUCCUGCCGCCAUGAGCCAGCUCAGCACCAACGAGUCUCCAAAAGCCAACCAGGCAUCCAGUCCAGAAGAAAAGGAGAAAACGGAUGCCAAGAAGGGUGAGGAAGAAGAAAUUGAUAUUGAUCUGACUGCACCCGAGACAGAGAAAGCCGCACUUGCCAUUCAGGGCAAGUUCCGCCGGUUCCAGAAAAGGAAAAAAGAUCCCAGCUCCUGAGCCACCAGCCUGAACCUUUGUCCUAGUUUCCCUCUUCCCUCGCACCCUUUUCCAUAGGCCCUGAUUCUUCUGUGUUCUUCUGCUCCUAUUUUCUCCACCCUGUCCCUGAGGCAGUAUCAACCUUCAGAAUUGCCCCUGCCUCAGCCAUCAGGGUGGCAUAGCUAUAAGGGACUGGGGGAAGUAAAAGAAUCCAUUUAGCAGCCGCUUAGACCUAAGAGUGAGCCAAUCUCUCCCUGGAGAUAGUGAUCCCCCCGCUUGGUGUCUAGGCCUUAUGUUAAAGAAUAGGGGUGGCUCUGGUGGGAAACAAGAGCCUCAAGGCUGAGUAAUGGACCCCCCCUGUUCGCAGGGAAUGUCACCAUCAACCCAGAAGAAAUUGGCAUUGAUAUGACGGCACCUGAGACAGAGAAAGCUGCACUUACCAUCCAGGACAGGUUUCGGAGUUACCAGAAAAAAAAACAAAGUUCCUCCUAAGCUGCCAGCCCUGCCUUUGCCUAUCACCACCUCCUCCACAGACCCUGAUCCCAUGUAUCCUGGUUUCUCUCCCCUGCUAAUCUAUCUGUGAGGCAUAACUGUAAACCCUUAUAAUGUCCCCUGUCCCCAUCAUCAGAGUAGCAAAGCUCUAAGGAACCUGAGGAAGCCAAUCUCUCCUGUGUGAAUAGUGCUCCACGGCAAGGUCUUAUGCUGGAGACUAGCAGUGGUUCGCAUGGAAGCAGGGCAGGAGAUGAUAGACCCUUGGGCAGCUGAAGCAGAGCCAGGGCUUCAGAGAAGGGUGUUUGGGGGAGAGGGGGACACUUUUCCUUUCUAUCACAUGCAAGCUUAGAAUGUAGGUAUCAUGUAUUGUCUUAUAGCUCUCUAUGUACCUAUUCCCAAUUUCCUCUUAUGAGCUGAGCCACAGCAGGUACUGGAGCCUCCCCUUUCCACAUCCCCACUUCAAACUCAAGAGCUUCUCACAAUAGUGCAUGCUGGGUAGAUUAGAAUUUCAGGGGAGGAAGACUGGGAGUAGUAGAGGCAAAGAAUUUUCUCCCAUUUCCCACUACCUCUCCCACCUUACCAUUCUUCUAAGGCCAGGAAAAUGAGAGGGGAGUUCAAGAAGCUCAAAGAUGAGGGGCAGGCAGGAAAGCUGGGGUUGGGACAGACUGAGGGUAGAAGGAUAUUGAGAGGCAGGAAUGAGAAGCAGUGAGGGUUUCCUGAAGCCUUGAGGUAACGCCCAGGUGAGUGUCCUUGGGCUCUGGCUAGCCUCCCUGCCUCUGUGCCCUCCCUUUGGCCUCCUGAGAGCAGUGUCUUCACCUUUCCCCCAAUCUCCACCUGCCCCACUGUGGAGGCAGGGCAGAAAUUAACAGUCCUUCUCCCAAGGUUUUAGCAUGUUUAAUAAAAACCUCAAGUGAG